AUGUCAAAACCCCACAACUCAGAUCUCCCGCCAAGCUAUGAUGCGUCACAGGCCAGCCAGGAUCCACCCCCGUACCACAACUGGCAAGAAGCCGUCCCCGACACCACAAGCUUCCCCCCGCCCCCAAUAACCGGCUACCUGAUCUCAGGCACAGGCAACGCCCCGGAAGAUGACGCUCAACGCGCCCAUGACUUCUGCAACACCGUCCCCCUCUGGCUACCCACCAGACCCUCACCAGUCGUCUACGCCACGGUGCAAGACCACGAUCUGCGCCCUGUGCAUCCACGCGAGCUGCAAGGUACCGUUUCCACGGUCCGAAAGGGUCAGUGGUAUGGGCGGAGCCAAGAAGGGAAUAAAGACUGUGUCAUCCUGACGUCGCUGCCGCUGUACUUUGCCGCCGAGGAUGCAGGGUCCAGGAAGACGAUCUACUUUGAGGUGAAGUACCUGAGGCAGCAGCGGGUGCGCGGCGGUGAUGCACCGGGAUUUUCACUGGGAUUUGUUGCGCAGCCGUACCCUAGUUGGAGAUCACCUGGCUGGGAGCGGGGUGGACUGGGGGUGUUUUCGGAUGACGGGUGCCGGUUUGUUAAUGAUUCCUUUGGGGGCCGGGAUUUUACCAGUGAGAUUCUGCCUGGGGAGACGGUGGGGAUUGGGAUGGAGUUUGCAGGGAGCAAGGAGAAGAAAGGGAAGGUGAAUGUAUUCUUCACGCGGAAUGGUCGGCAUGCUGGGGGGUGGGAUCUCCAUGAGGAAGUCGAUGAAGAGUCUGGGGGGAUCGAGGGAUUGGAAGGGGACUAUGACCUCUAUGGGGCGAUUGGGCUGUUUGGUGGCGUUGAAUUUGAGUCUUGUUUUGACCCUGCAGGUUGGCUUUGGAGGCCCGAGUAA